CUCUCUCUCUCCCUCUGCUUGCUUCUCUCACACUCUGUGUGCCUGUGUAUCUGCCAAGGUCUGAGUCUUUCACUGUGGGAAUGUAGCAAGCUCAGAGACAGGACUGCCUUUGAAUUCUGGUGCAAUGACGGAUGCAGGGCAAAGGCUCGGAUGUGCACUGACAGAACAGGAGAUCUAAGGGCAGGGAUUGGGAAAAGGAUCUGAUGGAUUUAACCCUAGCAGCCGUCUCUGCCUGAUCAUAGUACUCCAUUCUCCCGCGCUGCGCUGUUCUCUCCUCUGGGGUGGAUUACCGGCUGCCUGUGUCCACUGAUGCACCGCUGUAGAGACUAGAGAGAAGACACAAGCUGCGUAGCCAGAGACGAAGUGCCGUGUCGGGGGAGAGAGAGACACAGAGCUGUCCCUUGAGUGGAGCUGUGCUUCUGCCGCUACCUGACUUCUCCACACACACAGACACUCACACACACAUACAGAGGCAGGGCUGCGCCAGGCGCGACGACCGAUGCGUUAAUGCAGCUGUGAGAAAAGAUCUGCAGCAGGGAGCUGCCCUCGCUCAAACACUCACGGAUUUACAAGGAAAAUUUGACUACGGGCAGAACACCGACGGAUUCGCAAAACUUAAUUUUGUUCUAUUUUUUCGUCGCUAUAUAUGGAGCAUCUUGGGAAUUACCUUCGGUUCUACGGGAAGCUGAACUAAACAGAGGCUUGUUCCCAAAACCCACUCUUCUCCCAAACCCAGUCCUGUUCGGUUCCUUAUUGAGUGUGUGUAUGUGUGCGUGUGUACGUGACUAUUGGUGUCUUUGCGUUUUAAGGUUUGUUUACUGUGUUGUAUAGAAUUUAUAUAUUUAUCUGUUCAUGUAUAUGUAUAUAGGCUGAUGUUUGCUGUUCCAUUCAUGUGAGUAGUCAGUAUUGCAUGUAUCUGUAGCUGUGGAAGAGUGUUAAAUGAAUAUUAAUGAGAUGCCCAGUUUUGGCUCCCUCCCUAGCCCCCUCCGCUGCUUGCACUACUUCCUGGCUGGGCCCUGAACCCCAGAAGCAUGAGUGAGAGAACAGCACUAGGGGCCACCAUGGAGACCAUGACCCUGGAAGAGCCCGGGGGUGAACAAGCCUCUCCCCGGGCCCCAGGGCCCCUCCGCUGUGGCCCCUGUGCCGUGUGGCCCCGCCAGCAGACCUGGCUUUGUGUUGUGCCCCUGCUGAUGGGCUUUGUGGGCCUGGGCCUUAGCCUGAUGCUUCUAAAAUGGAUUGUGGUAGGCUCAGUGCAGGAUUAUGUCCCGACUGACCUGGUGGACGCAAAUCGUAUCGGACAGGACCCCAUUUUCCUAUCUAAACCCAGUGCCCUGCCGAAGGGCUCUGAUGGCUCCACGUCUACCACUUCAACUACACCCUCAGUGGCUCCGGGUUCAGCGACCCGAGCAGCUGAGGGUACAGGUACAGUUCAAAGGACUCGAAUUGGGCAGUCCUCAAACCACACGGCCAGUAGCAGUAGCAGCAGUGGAGGUGGGGCGUUAGGGGGAGGGUCAGGAAACAGAGCUCCACACCUGCAUAACCGAGUAGGAACACGAGUGACCAACACCACCACCGCCACCCGGGCCACCAAUCCUGUCCAACCGGGAGCAAAGGAUGUCACCCCGCGCAGCACCACGAUCCGAAAACCCAACGGGGAGGAUGGGAGCAAAAACGCAUCGCCUUCUUCAAGGGCUGGGCCACCGAGUACAACCACCACGAGCACGACAACCACUACGAUUACGACGAGCACAAUCUCCACCCAAGCGGCCCAACCAACCUCCACCCUUGCGGCCCCCUCCAAGCCCGGUCAACGCUGGAACCAUGGACGCUCCUCCAAGGGCCCUUCUACCAAGCCUACUCGCCCACACCAUCGCUUUAGGACGCUUGCCCCAACAACAUCCACCGUACGUUCCGAGUUCUUCAAGCCAUGCCAAGACAGUCAGGAGAUGGCCUUCUGUUUGAAUGAGGGAGAGUGCUUCAUCAUCGAAACAGUGGCAGGUGUACACAGACACUGCAGGUGUAAAGAGGGUUACCGUGGACUUCGUUGUGACCAGUUUGUGCCGAAGACGGACUCCAUCUUAUCUGACCCAACAGCAGAUGAGCUGGGAAUUGAGUUUAUGGAGAGUGCAGAAACCUAUCAGAGACAGAUUUUGUCCAUCUUCAGCAUAGCCAUGGGGAUUAGCUUGCUAGGAGUGGCUUGCAUGGCUCUUUACUGCAAAAACAAGAGACAAAGAGAGAAGCAUCGAGCCCAUCUGACCGAAAUUCGCAACUUGAGAGACUGUACUGUCAACGCCUCUGGUCUCAUGUCUAAAUCCAGCCCCAGACUCGAGAGCACCCUCCAGCUUCAAAAGAGCAGAAGAGCCCAUGGUUUCUCCUCUCCACAGGCGGCACGCAUAGUUCUCAACAGCUCUAAAGUCUCCCUACCAAAUCAUAAUCGCAGUCUCUCCAUGGGGAAGCGCUGCAGAAGCUGCUCCUUCUCCUCAAGUCCCGCCCUAAAACACAAGGUAACCAAUUAUCGAGCUGUCUCAAAGUGGACUCCGCCCAUCUCCAGAGCGGGCCAUCAUUUCAUUGGAGGAUCUCGAGAUUCUCUUCAUUCCUAUAAACAUCUCCAGGAGGUGGAGGUCAAUGAGGUGAUGCCACAAUCUUUGAGAAGGUGCCAGUCCCACUCGGAAAGCAAUCAACAAAGCCGUUGCAAUUUGAAUAUGCAAAUAAUGCUUUCCGCCCAUUCUAAAGGAAAGAUGGGCUACACCGAUGUUCCGUGCACUCGUCUUGACCAGGGAACCACCUUUCCUCCCCCUUCUUUCCGAGCCCACUCCGUACCCAUUAUCCCCUCAGUUCAGGGACCUGAUUUUGGGGAUGGAGGCGGGAACAAGCUGCACAACAGGGGUAGGGGAGCUUCCAGCUACAACCUAAUCAAUCCUGAGGCUGUGGCAAAUCCCAGCCGAUCACUUGCCAGCUCCUCUACGAUGGUGCAGGAUCCACAGACACUCACCUGCUCCGAGUCUGCACUGAUGUCAAGGGGCCAAAUCAAACACAAAAGCCUUGUUACCUACACAACGGCCUUGGGAUCAGACACAAGCUCUAGGAGAGCAAAGACUGUAAUUUCUAUGAGCGUACUGGGAUCAGGGGUGAAAACCACGCAGUCCGCUGCCAAACUGCUGUCCAAGGCUACCGGAGGAGAGGAGGAUCGGUCCGCUUUCGGGGAAGCGCAGCAGGGGGGCGGUUCACAAACCCCAUUUGUGGGGGACGAAAAAGACAGCUCCUUUUCCAACGGGGUUAGAGGUGUGGCCUGCCUGACAUAUCCCAAGAGCUGAUUGGAUAAAUGAAAAGAUUGCUUCGGAAACUCCAUGUUGGUGUGGAUGGGACUGCGACGUCCCCGCUUGUGCAAGACACUUACUUUUGGAACUAUUUUACUGCAUUGUG